UUGAGAUGGGGCCUAGGAGUUCCCGCUGAGGUGGUUGUUGGGUUUUUUCUCUCGCGAGAUCUGGCCGCUGUGUGUCUGUCUGCUCCGGUACCGGAGUGUGUUUAUGAGGGUUUAUGAGCGUUUAUGAGUGUUUGUGAUGGAGUCGGAGCCGGAGCCCAUCAGACUGAAGUCAUUAAAAAGCAGCAGGAGCUUCGCGGUGCCGCAGGAGCAACGGUUUGGGAACUGCAGGAAUGUGAAGGAGUUUGAGAAGCUGAAUCGUAUCGGAGAAGGAACAUACGGCAUCGUCUAUCGAGCGCGAGACACAACCACCAACGAAAUCGUGGCGCUGAAGAAGGUGCGGAUGGAUAAGGAGAAGGACGGGAUUCCUAUCAGCAGCCUGAGAGAGAUCACUCUGCUCCUGCGGCUCAGACACCCCAACAUUGUGGAGCUGAAGGAGGUGGUGGUGGGGAGCCAUUUAGAGAGCCUGUUCCUAGUGAUGAGUUACUGUGAGCAGGACCUGGCUAGUCUGCUGGAGAACAUGCAGUCUCCUUUCUCAGAAGCACAGGUGAAGUGUAUUGUCCUGCAGCUGCUGAGGGGGCUGGUCUACCUGCAUCACAACUUCAUCCUGCACAGAGAUCUGAAGGUGUCCAACCUGCUGAUGACUGAUAAAGGCUGUGUGAAGAUCGCGGACUUCGGGCUGGCGCGUAUGUAUGGCGUUCCCCAGCAGCCGAUGACCCCCAAAGUAGUGACACUUUGGUACAGGGCUCCGGAGCUCCUCCUAGGGACCAAAACACAAACUACAGCGCUGGACAUGUGGGCGGUGGGCUGCAUCCUGGCGGAGCUCCUGGCUCAUAAGCCCCUGCUGCCCGGCAGCUCGGAGAUCCAGCAGCUGGAUCUGAUCGUGCAGCUCCUCGGGACGCCCAACGAGAACAUAUGGCCGGGUUUCUCACGGCUGCCGCUGGUCGGUCAGUACAGUCUGAGGAAGCAGCCGUACAACAACCUGAAGAAUAAGUUCACCUGGCUGUCGGAAGCCGGACUGAGGCUGCUCAACCUGCUCUUCAUGUACAACCCACAGCGCAGGGCCUCUGCAAAGGACAGUCUGGAAAGUUCAUACUUCAAGGAGAAGCCUCUGCCAUGUGAGCCGGAGCUCAUGCCCACAUUCCCUCACCACAGAAACAAGCGGGCGGGGCCGGGAGCCGAGAGCCAAUCAAAACGCAGCAAAACAGGAUGCUCCAUCGCAUCCUAGCCCUGCCAAUCAAAUAAAGAAGGGAUGUGCGACAUCAAGACCAGACUGGAGCACCAGUUUUGCUCUGUUCCAGUUACAGCACACCUGAGUCAGGUAAACAGGGGCUGUAGCGCGCUGACUACCUGGCACAGUUGUGUUUGAAGCUGAACCUGAAGAGAACGUUUUCUGGCUGAGGACUGUUCUGCACCUUUAAGCCCAUUAGGGAAAAAAGGAGCGAAUUCACAAUGAACUGUGACUUUAUUGGAUGCCAGUGAGGAAUCACUGCACCUGCCGGCGCGCAGGUGUUUAUAUACACAAGUUUACAAGAAGUCCAUAAAUGCUGUUCAAUGUGUUAAAUAUACUGUGCAUGGACGGCUCUACAUACAGACUGAUGUAUCUUUGCUUUUGAAGAAAAAUCUUGUUAGAAAUGUUAACUUUAUAGAAAAAGGGAAUAAACUUUAAUUCCUCCAACA